AUGAGCAAAAUGAAGCUAAAGCUCACUCAUUCUUCAAAGGAUCAUCAGUUCAGUUAAGAUGAGAUAAAUCAAUUGAGACAUACAUAGGAAAUAGAAUAAAUGAUGUCAUCGCCAGAGGUGAAAAAGUUUGAAGCCUUCUUGUUUGAAUCAAUUACGUGCAAAUAAAGACUUUCUAAGAAAUUUUCUUAAUUCACUCCUCUUCCGCCAAAAGUGAUUAAUGUUUAUGAGGGUGAAUUCAGCCUAAAUCACACUCAUGACCAUCAAAACAGUGAUUAAUGA